CCUUGUAGGGAGGCGGUGGGAGCUUGUCGGGAGCCCCUUCACCUGCCCACCCUUUCACUACCCCUUGCCCCCCUGGGGUGGCAGCUUCGUCCAGGGCUACGCCAUGAUCCCCGACGCCAAACUCAUCCUCGUCUCCUUCGCACAAUACGGCCUCUUCUUCACCUUCGCCACUGACUCUGGCACCUGGACUAGGGUGCUCACCGACACCGACAAAACAAGGUCGCAACGCUACCUCCCUAUCCUUCACCGCGCCAUAUAUGUCCAACACCACAAAGCCGUCUACUUUCUCAUGGACAACGCCAUCUAUGCCUACAAGCUCACCUACCAAAAGGAUGAUCAGGGGGGGAUGCAGCAGCAGCUCAAGCUGGAUCUGCCCGUCCUCAUCGACUUUGUCUGCCCUUUCAAAUCCGACCAUGGCUAUGGCUUACUCACCCGCCUUUCCAGCCACCUCAUGUGCGCUGUCUGGAUCAGUCUGGCGUCGUACGACAAAUGCCCGUGCCACAACCUGCAUGCCAUCGUCACCACCUUCUACCUCCAUGACGCCCAGGACCCGGCUCAGGGAGGAAUCAAGGUGCUGCACUCCACUUACCGCAGGCUAGACAUGGCGCCCAAUCCGGCAGCAAACCAACAAUUCUGCUUUCUACAGGAGUACGAGGACCAGGGCUCUGUGGCGCUGCAGCAACGUGGAGAAGAGGAAGAGGGUCUAACCUGUUCCCAGCAAGUCGAGCAUCCAUCCAAGAUGCUUAGUUGUUGCAGGCGCAUGAUGAAAAUGCGCUCAACUCCUCCCUCAGGACCGAGUCGCACCCUGCAGGUUGAUCCUCCUUCAAGACAACAAGUCUGUUCUUCAAGUCAUGCUGUGCCUGUGAAGCCGGCUACAACAACAACUAUCAAGAAAGAUCUGAUUAUCAUUUGCCAAGCUGGCUCACGAUCAGUCAUCUACCAGACAGGCGCCAUGGAUGACGAUGUCAAGCCCCUUGAACCGUGCUAUGCUGCAGAUGUGGGUGAUCAUGAUUGGCACUUUUUCCAGAGUGGCUCAAAAAUACACGCAGUCUCGUCCAUAAGAGCAAGCAUGCUUGAGUUUAGUCUCAACAAGGACAGGAAGACUUUCGAGCGACCUGUAAGGCGUCCUAGUGCUGCUCCACUAGUAGAAAAACGGGAAGAACGCCGCCGUGCGCCGGGGCCAGGUACGCCGCCGUGCGCCGGGGCCAGGUACGCCGCCGUGCGCUGCUUCGGCGGCUUCGUCGCCGACUCCGACAUCGGCCAGCAGGCCGCGCUGCUCGACGCCGCCUGCGAGGGGACCAAGUGGGCCGCCUCCGUGUCCGACGGCGGCAGCGCCGGCCCCGUGUCCUACACCGUGGCGCGAGUACAACUCGCCCUUCGAGUUCGGUGGCGGUUCGGCGACGGAUGGCCCAAGCGGUGGCAGCGCGCGGCCUACGCGCGCGGUGGCGACGAAGCGGCGGCGCUGGCCUUGGCGCCGGCGUAG